CAAGCACAGUACUGUCAGAGUUGUUCACACGGUGUUGUAGACUACAGAAAAAAGGGAGCUUGAAUCUGAAGUACAAGAAUUGUCAGCUGUAUCAUCUAACAUAAGUGGAUAUCAUACAUUUUGUUUCUAACUGUUGGAUUUACAUGCCUGUUUUUUGUUUUGUUUUGUUUUUUUAACGGAAAGUCUUGUCUGUUCCUAUCCUUGGAAAAUAAGUUUUAAACAGAUUAAGAAAUGCAAAACGUUACUGGAAUCCUGUGAACGUUUUGAUGGACAUCUAUUACAAGAAGGUGAAACUUCAAAUAUGGGUUUUCUGUGAAUUAUGGAUUGAAUCCAUCAUUUUUGUAAAAGAAGACUGUUACAAUAUAAGGUGAUUUUUUUUGUCAUUUUGAUCUGGUUCUUCUGAUGCGACAGACACUGACAACAACCUUAAUUAAGUUUUUCAGGUAUUGCUUCAAGUAUAUUGAGUGGAGCAGGAUAUGGAGUCCCUGCCAUUGCCUUAGUUUUAUUCUACAAAUCACUUUAUUCGUCAGAUUUAUUUCUGGAGAGCCACGCUUUAUUGUACAAGGUUUUUAAACUUCGACAUUCACCUUUGGAAUAUAAUCAUGAACUUUAUUCUGAGCUUACUAAAUAUUGUUUUGGCUGUUCUUCUAUAUAUUUCAACUGUGAAGACGGCUCACAUACCUGGAGAUGGAGAGAGGAAACCUAAUGAAGUUAUUAAGUUUUUGGAGGUCUACGAGAGAAGCUAUUGUCGGACAAUAGAGACCUUAGUAGACAUCUUCCAGGAGUAUCCUGAUGAAGUAGAGUACAUUUUCAAGCCUUCAUGCGUACCACUCAUGAGAUGUGCGGGCUGCUGUAGUGAUGAAAGUUUAGAGUGCGUGCCGAAAGAAACACACAAUGUAACUAUGGAGAUAAUGAAAAUCAAACCACAUCAUAGUCAACAUAUAGGAAUGAUGAGUUUCACAGAACACAGUACAUGUGAAUGCAGACCAAAGAAAGAUGUCAAAGAAAAAGAAAAAAACCACUGUGAGCCUUGCUCAGAGAGAAGAAAACACUUGUUUGUACAGGAUCUACACACCUGUAAAUGUUCCUGCAAAUUCACACAUUUGCGUUGCAAGUCCAGGCAGCUUGAGUUAAACGAAAGAACUUGCAGGUGUGAAAAGCCAAGGAGAUGAGAGGAAGUUAAAAUGGACAUGGCGUGAAGGAUAUACAUAGCACAGCACUUUGAAUUCUGAUCAUUUUAAUUUUUCUCCGGAAAAGCAUUCCCUGGAAAGAUUGUUGAAAAAAAUAAUCAUCCUGUUGUAUAUUUUCGAAAUAUUAAUAUAUAAAGAAAAUAAUUAAUUGUUUUGC